AGGACAACAGCAAAGUCUGCACACAUGCAAACAGCCCCAAGUCCGCGCUUACUUCAACACAAGGAUUUCUCUCAGCGUUAAUGGAUACUCUCACCUUCACAUGUCAUUUCCACUGCAUCUUAAAACAUGAAACGCGCAUAGACUUUAAAUCGCUUGUUCCGCGCGCAGACAAGGACAGAGGGAAGAGACGUGCGUACUGUCCAAACUAACUGCAAAGACGCAGGAUGGCUAAGGAGACCAGAGGGAAAGCGACCCUGCGCAAGCACAGCGCUUCUCACUGGCGCAUGCAGAACAUCACACAGGAAUCUGUUGACAGCUCGGAUGAUGAGUUUUUUGAUGCUCGAGAGGUGCUGGAGGGGAAGACGGCCAUGCUUUUGGGGAUGAGUCAGUGGAACUCUAAUGAUCUGGUUGAACAGAUAGAAACCCUGGGCCACAUAGACCAGACGCAGGAGAGUCUGUACCGUGUAAGGAGGCAGAAAUGUGUCCCUCAGACUAGCAUUGACGGAGAGGAAGCUGAGAAGAAAUGUCAAACACAUCUGCUGGUGCUGGUGGUUCACGGGGGGAACAUACUGGACACGGUGGGCGGAGAGCCAGGUGCAAAGUCUGCAGAUGUAAACACUCUGUCCUCAGUGUUGGAGAAAGUAUCUCAAGCUCAUUUCCAAGCUGCAGCUCAGCAUGUCGUCAUCAAGUUGGUGCCGUGCCCAGCUAUAUGCGCAGAGGCCUUCUGCCUUGUGUCCAAUCUGAACCCUUAUAGCUACGAUGAGAGUUGCGUGUCUAGCAGUGUAGACCAUCUACCUCUGGCCGCUUUACCACUGCUCGCCAUAGCUGCUCCACACUACCAAGAUGCCGUCGCGACGGUGAUUUCCCGGGCCAACCAGGUGUACCACAGCUUUCUGCAGUCUCCAGAGGGACAGGGGUUCACAGGGCAGGUGUGUUUGUUGGGUGACUGUGUGGGAGGUGUGCUGUGUUUCGACGCUCUCUGUUUCAGCAACAGCCCACGACACACCAGCCGACAUAACAGCACAGAGAGCUUAAAGGAUAACCCUGAGGUUAGUCCGAGCCUGAGCUCCAGCAAACGUCUUAGCAGGAGCAACAUCGACCUAUCUGCCCCCAGUGAGACCCGCAACAGGAAAACUCCACUCAGCCGCAAACAGAGCGACUCGUAUGAUGCAGACUCUUCUGGCAGCCAGCACCACUCAUUCCUCAGCAGUUUGAUACAGGAUGGAACAGACCUGAGACCGAGCAGCAGCACCAGUAUAAUGUUGAAUCCAGGUCGCUUUGACUUUGAGGUGUCGGAUUGUUUUCUGCUGGGCUGUCCUCUUGGAUUGGUGCUAGCCAUGAGACGCACUGUGCUUCCCACCGUUCAGGUGUCUCAGCUCCGGCCUGCAUGUUCACAGAUCUUCAACCUGUUUUACCCCUCUGACCCGUCGGCCUCUAGACUGGAGCCCUUGCUACACUCCGAAUUCCACAAACUGCCUCCGUUCCCUGUGCCUCGCUACCAGCGCUACCCUCUGGGAGACGGCCGCUCCACCCUUAUCGUCAACGAUAUCAACAGCUACCCUGACGUGUUCCUUCCCGGUAGUGCAGUUCCAGUGGGCGCUUCGCAAUCCUCCUCUCUCCAGACGGAACACGGCACAGGUGGGCGGGUGGGCGUUGAGGUCCGCAGGUCCAGUUUGACCAGCAUGGACAGCCAGUUAUCAGGCUGCUGGGAGAGCAGGCUGAGCGGCACCAUCGCCAACAUCUCCAGCACAUGGUGGGGGUCUAAGCGGUUGGAUUAUUCUCUGUACUGCCCGGACGUCCUGACGGCGUUUCCCACAGUGGCUCUGCCUCACCUGUUCCACGCUUCCUACUGGGAAUCAACCGAUGUGGUCGCCUUUCUUCUGCGACAGGUGAUGCACUGUGACUAUGCGAAAGCCCAAGAGACAGACAACUCUGACUCUGCCCCCUUCUCCCCUUCAAGCCCAAGAGAGAAGUGGCUACGCAGACGCACGCACGUCAAACUUAGGAAUGUCACUGCCAACCACAGAGUCAAUGAUGUCAUUGCGACCGAGGACUGGCACCAGACCCUGGUUGGUCGUUUCAUGUACGGUCCUCUGGAUAUGGUAACCCUGACCGGUGAAAAGGUUGAUGUGUACGUGAUGACCCAGCCACAGUCUGGUCGCUGGGUGCACUUAGACACCGAGGUGACCAACAGCAGUGGCAGAGUGACCUACACCAUUCCCAAAACCAAAAAGCUGGCCGUGGGAGUCUACCCCAUUAAAAUGGUUGUUAAGGGUGACCAGACGAGCGCAGAGGCCUUCCUGACGGUGUUGCCACGGGGGAUGGAGUGUGUCGUCUUUAGCAUCGACGGUUCAUUUGCCGCUAGCGUCUCUAUAAUGGGCAGUGACCCUAAAGUACGGCCCGGAGCUGUGGAUGUGGUCAGGCAUUGGCAGGACCUGGGCUACCUGAUCAUUUACAUCACUGGCCGUCCAGACAUGCAGAAGCAGAGGGUUGUGUCCUGGCUGUCUCAACACAACUUCCCUCAGGGAAUGAUCUUCUUUUCAGAGGGGUUGGUGCACGACCCACUUCGCCAGAAAACCAUCUUCCUCAGGAACCUGGUGCAAGAGUGUCACAUUAAAAUCAACUGUGCCUACGGCUCCAUGAAGGACAUUUCCGUCUACAGCAUGCUGGACCUCAGCCCCAACCAGAUAUAUAUAGUUGGACGGCCCUCCAAGAAGUACCAGAAUCAGUGCCAGUUCCUGAGCGAGGGCUACGCGGUACAUCUCUCCUCCCUGCAGUUCAGUCACAGAGCCCGGCCCAAGAAGACCUCUUCAGUGCGAAUGGUGCUUCGAAAGGGCUCAUUUGGUCUUUCGGCCAAACCGGACUUCUUGUGUAAGCGCACACACCUUCGUCGCACGAUGUCGGUGCAGCAGCCUGAGCCGCCCAUGACACCCAACCCUAAGCCAGAACGAGCACAGAGCCAACCCGAGUCGGACAAGGACCACGGGGGUGGAGGGUGUCCAGGCAAUGCCAUGUGGGCACGUGGGUCCAUGCACCGUGGUGACACCACUCCCUGA